AUGACCGCCGAUGAUGAUCCCGAGCCUUAUAUUGAGGCUUUCAAAUGCCAGGCUAUUGUGGCAGGCCUCGACAAGAGGUAUUGGGCCACCCAACUGGGAGCCCUGGUGGUGGGCACGGCCCAGGCGGCCUACCGAUCUCUAAACCGAGAUGAGGCCCAAGACUAUGGGGCAGUGAAAACGGCAAUCCUUUACCGCCUCGAGCUUGAUUCUGAACAUUAUUGGAGGCUGUUUAGAGCCAAGAAAGGGCCUGAAGAUAGACGACCGAGAGGCUUACUACAACAACUUAGAGACCUGUUUGGAAAAUGGACCGACGGAUCAUCAGUGGCACUUGGGGCUGUGCUGACGCAGCAGGAUGCAGGAGAGGACCAACCCAUGGCUUAUGCCAGCCAAAAACUGUUACCGGCCGAAACAAGACCGGCCGCCCGGCGCCGCCCGCAGCCCAAGCCGCAGCACGCCAUCACCGUGGCCGUGUCGUCGCGGGCCCUCUUCGACCUGGUGGAGGAGCGGCGCAUCUACGAGGAGCAGGGCGUGGAGCGCUACGUGCGCUACCAGCAGGACAACGAGAACGUCACCCUCAAGCCCGGGCCCGCCUUCAACUUCGUCAAGGCACUGGAACAUGUCAAUGCUCGACUUCGUGAACUGUACCCUGAUGAUGAGGAACUAUUUGAUAUCGUUCUGAUGACUAAUAACCAUGCCCAAGUGGGAGUGAGACUCAUAAACAGCAUCAAUCACUAUGGUUUAACAAUUGAACGUUUUUGCAUGACUGGUGGAAAAAGCCCUGUUGGUUACCUGAAAGCGUAUCUUACCAACUUAUAUCUUUCUGCUGACUCUGAAAAAGUUCAGGAAGCCAUAGAAGCAGGCAUUGCAUCAGCUACAAUGUUCUCUGCAAAUAAAGAUGUCCCCUUCUGUGAUAACCAGCUGCGGGUGGCAUUUGAUGGGGAUGCUGUUCUCUUUUCCGAUGAGUCAGAGAAGAUUGUCAAAGAGCAAGGACUGGACAGAUUUUUUGAACAUGAGCAGUUGAAUGAGAAUAAGCCUCUUGCACAGGGUCCUUUGAAAGGUUUUCUGGAAGACUUGGGGAAGCUCCAAAAGAAAUUCUAUGCAAAAAAUGAACGACUAGAUUGUCCUAUAAGGACCUACCUUGUCACAGCCAGAAGUGCAGCAAGUUCUGGAGCCAGAGUGCUGAAGACUCUCCGUAGCUGGGGCUUGGAGAUUGAUGAGGCACUUUUCCUUGCGGGAGCUCCUAAAGGACCAGUCUUGGUGAAGAUCCGGCCUCAUAUUUUCUUUGAUGACCAGAUGUUUCACAUUGAAGGAGCACGACAGCUGGGUACUAUAGCAGCGCACGUACCUUAUGGUAUUGGUCAAAAAUACUACAAAUCCAAACCUAACGACGGCAGUGUUAAAAAGUAGCUUUCCUUAACUUACCCAGUCUCUAAUACAUACCUGUCUGAAAACUGUACCUUUUUAUUUUAUAAGCACUAUGUUUAAAGAUUUAACCUCACUGGCUAUAUCAAUUUUAAAAGGAAAUAUUUUUAUUACAAGCAUGUUUUUAUUGUAAUAAUAUUCUUAAGCAGUCUUGAUUUUUUUACCCAUCUGGAGCUAGCACUCUACUUUUUCAAUAUUAGGAAAAGAUUUCUGCUGCUUUUGUGAUUUAAGCUAUAGUUCAAAGAGAGAGAUAUGCAUGUAUACAUUCUCUGAAAGGGUUAUGAACAGAUUAUUUAUCAAAGUAAUUUUGCUGCCUAGUGAACAAUGGGUUAUUCUUGAGAUGACCAAAAGUUCAGUUUACCUAAUAUGCAGUUAUGUUUACUUUUUCAGGGCUGCUUUGUUGGACAUGUAUUUAGUGAUUUUGUCAUUAUGAGCAUUUGAUUUCUAUGAAUGAUUGUAGUUCCAGUAGAAAAUGUUAGUUUGUUUGACCUUGCGUUUACAGGAGCCUUUUAUUUUUCUACACUUUUUUUCCUACUAUAAUAAAGCUGGUUUUACAGAA